UUCUCAAUGGUUUCAUGCAUAUAGUUGUGUUAAUAGUGUCCCAUGUGAACAUGUUCUGCAUUUAUUUUCCCCAGGUUUUUUUCUUUUCUUAGAAAUCGUAUUUGAAUGUGCAAAUAUGGGGAAAGCCUCAGUGCUUCAUGAGACUUCAUUUGCAGAAAAGUUGAGUAGUUUUACUUAAUUUUAUAAUGUUCAUAUUUAUGCUUUAAUUUCUACAAGCUUAAAUUGAGUACUAUUAUAGAAUUUACUUUGUUUUUUAAAUUAUUGCCUGAACUAACUUUUUCAUGUAGUAUUUACUUCAUCAUAAAAUAUUUUAUUACAGUGGAGAGGGUUCUGUUAUGUUAGUUUUGUAGGGUUGCCAUUGUAGAGUGCCAUAAAGCCAUAAAGAGAGUAGAGAAUGAUGCUGAGAAUGAGGAUGAGAAUGAUGCUGGUGACGAUGAUGAGAAUGAUGCUGUGAUGCUGUGUGAUUGUUAAUAAAAGUCACGUGCAACAGACUGGCCUUGCUCCGCUUCCACAGCUCUCGGCCCCGCCCCACUUGUUACAAAAAUUUUAAGUUCGAUUAACUUAACAAAAUGAGUUAGUUUGCUUAAAUGUUUGUAUCUUACUGAGUUUACAGUGCUCCUGUUCUGUCAUCAUUUUGUGCCAAUGUUAGGUUUUGCUUAGUCUUAUGUAACUUUAUUACUUUGAGUUUGAUGAAGUUAAACCAUUUACGGCAAUCGGUUUCCUCAAACCAUUUAAGUAAAGAUAUGAUUGUUAGAUUUGUUUCCUGAAUUCAAACUAAAUUAAUAAAAUAAACUUAAAAUCUUUAAGUUGAUACUCUAAUGAUUGACUAAACCAACACUAAAAUAUAAGUUUAACUCAAUAUAUAUGAGUUUACAGUACUCAUACUUAUUGGUUUUAAAACUUUAAUGGUUUACGGUAAUUGGUUUCCUCAAAUGGUUUGAGUUGGGUUUUACAGUGUGUAGAUUCUUUUGCUUACCAUAACAUAUCUUUCACUUCCUUCUUAUUAGUUGUCUUUUCUUUUCCUUAUUUUUCUUCAUUUAUCUAUACUGUGUCAUUGUGUUUUGUUUCUAUUCUGUGGUGUUCUGAACCAACUCCCUAGUUUAACGUCUGCUAGGUAACAACGAGGUACAAGCUGUCACGCAUUUAAAUAUAAAAGGCAGGACAUCAGUCAUAAGUGUGUUUAACUGAAUUAGAGGAACAUCUCAGAAUCUCUUGUAUGUUCUUUUAUUACUGAUUACUGAUUAGAAAUUCUAAUAUUUUUAUAGAUCUCAGGAGGAACGCCUAUAAAGAAUAAGACUAGAAAAUGAUUCUAUUCAUAUUUAUUAUUUAUAAUGAUUGAAACUCUUUUUGUAUUUCUUCUGAAACUAUACUUCAACAUUCACAGUUUUCAACACCUUGCAGUUAUAGACGCUGUCUGCAUCUUUCUGCCAUUUUCCUUCAUGGGAGCUUUUUUUCUGUGCAUAUACGAGUACAUCGAGACUUUAAUUGAUUUUGACUUGUCACCUCUAUGUAGUGUUAUAUCUACUUGCAUCUUUUUGCAUCUGUUUGUUUAGCAGUGGACUGAAAAUGGCAAAUUACACUGUAAAAAAUGUAGACAGUUUUAUAAUCACUGGAUUUGAUCACCUGCAGAACCAAAAGCUCCUCGGAUUCCUCAUCUUAAUAACCUACAUGCUCAUAUUGCUUGGGAACGGCAUCAAUCUGUGUAUCAUCAUGACCGACAGACAUUUACACAAACCAAUGUACAUAUUAAUCUGUAAUCUAGCUGUUGUUGACAUAAUGUUCUCCUCUACCUGCAGCACAACUAUGAUCUCAGUGCUGCUGGCUGAGAUUAAAACUGUCUCAUACUACUCUUGUAUCUCAAGGAUGUUCUUUUAUCAUGUUGGUGAUUUCACAGAGUGUAUGGCUCUGACAUUAAUGGCAAUUGACAGACUUCUUGCAAUUAGGCUUCCUUUGAGGUAUCACAGCAUUGUAACAAAUUCACGAACAUUUGGGCUUAUAAUACUGACUUGGCUCAUUGCUUUCACUCUAAUGGUUGUUUUGACAUUAGUGGUAGACAAUGUCCCAUACUGUCAGCCUGUCAUCAGAUAUGUGUUCUGUGAUUAUCCUUCCAUGAUCAGAGCUGCUUGUGUCAAUCCUGAACUAUAUUUUUUCUUGCCUGCAAUGAUUAAUCUGUGGUGGUUCUGUGGACUGUUUCCCUUUGUUAUGUGCACUUAUGCUGUUCUGGCAUAUAGUGUGACCAAACUUUCCAGUAACUCAAGCAGAAAGCAAAUGAUCAACACUUGUUUGAGUCACCUCAUUGUCCUGCUCAGUUUUUAUGCACCAAAGCUAGUCUCUAACUUACUAACUCGAAUAGGAGUUGUGCUUACUUUAACUGAGAGAAAUGCAAUAUUGAUAAUUGCCUCUCUAAUUCCUCCAUUAAUUAACCCCACUGUUUAUUGCACCAGGACUAAAGAGAUCAGGAAACGAUUAGCAGAUGUAUUUUUGCGCAAAAAAAUUGUGCCGAGUCAUUUAAAGAUUUUAUCGUGAUGGAUUAUUCUGUUUAUUUUCAUGGAUAACUGUAAUGAUGUUGGAUGUUUGAUAAUGUGUUUUUGGUACUCUUGCUCAUCUUCGAGACUAGACCAAAGCAUAAACAUGUUGAUAUGUUGUAUGUUCAAUUUGUUUUCAAAAUGAAGGAAAAGAAAGUGGGGGGAAAAAAUGUCAGUAUUCGACGAAAAUAAUGCUACAAUGUACAAAGCCUUUACAAAGCCAAUAUACAAUGAUCUUUAAAAAAAAUAAUGGUAAGGGUAAAGGUUAUAGACAAAUUUGGUUUGAUUGAUCUUGUGUGUCAUUAUAAACGGCAAUAUAUCACACCUGUUUGAUAAUUCUCUCAGGUUUCCUAUCCUUAUAAUCUUCAGGGUCUGUCUAGUGACUCCAGAGAACAAAUUAAGGGCAUGUAUCAAGUAUGUUGACACUCCUCAGACAAACAAUGUUACAUGGAAACCCUUGACAUCUGAUCUCUAAUGCCUUACUCACUGAGGACCUCACCUCUCAAAACACAUAAUAAUCAAACUGUAUUAAAAGAUUAUGUAAGAUGUAUGUAAAUUAUGAAAGAAUAUAGGCUAGUGUUUCUACAAGCUUAAUCAUUCAUUACAUCAGCUCUUGCAUAUUGUUUUGCGAUUUGCCAGAUUAUUGUCCUAUACCAAUUUUUAAAAGUUCUUGAGUUUGAAUGCAUGACUAGUUGUGUUGCAAGGUAAUCAGACUUUUAAAAAUGUCUAAAUUAACUUAGAUUACAUAAACUGUACCUUAAGGUUUAUUAAAAUUGCUGAAUGUUAAGAAAUUUGUAAUAGUGCAAAAGUAAACAAUUAGCUUCUGCUCACUGUGAUUGCUUUGCUUAGGCCACAAUGCUUCCACCUUAUUAAUAUACACAAGAGCCCUCUUAAUGAUCCAUUAAUAGCAGAGCAGAUAAUAUUCCCUGUUGAGAUCCCAUUACACAAAUGUUUUAAUAAAAUCAUAAACUGAUAUCACUGCUGGGACCCAGGGACAACAGACUUUAUUUACAUUUAUUAAUAUUCUUAUUAUUCUACAUGAUUGUCCUCUUUAUAUGUCAGUGAGUCAAGUAUGACAAUUUUUAAAAUGGUUCCUCCUAGGUCCCUCUAAUACCUAAUAUAACCUUUAAUUCUAGGAGGUAAAGACUUUUUCACCGUAUAUAGCGAAAUGAAAGAGAACAAUAUAUAUAUAAUAACAAAACUUACAAAACAAUCUUAGGU